CAAACAUAAAUGUAGUCAUAAACAACAUGGCCACUUCCGAGAAAAAAGCUAUGCAUGUAAGCAUUCAUCGGUCAAAAUGCUCGGAAGAAAAGGGAUCGGCAAUAAAUCAAAGUAAGUAAGCAAUAAAUGUUUUGUAAAUGCAAAGGAUGGAUGCCAUUUUUUUCCUCCAUGACCGCCAUCUUGGUUGACACGAUCAGUUAGUUCUGUCACUAAACUUAUUUAGCUCGAUUUUAUUAUUUCUAGUGAAGUGAAAUGAUUUUAAAAUUUCAUUUUUAACUCAUGGAACUUCAUUAAAACACUUCAUUGGCAGUCAUUGGUUACUAUAAUUUCAAAAUUGUACUUAAGACACUUAAACUUAAGUAUUAAAUGUUUUCGAAUUGUUUUUUCAUGUAUUCUCUUUGGUUUUAAAGGGUUUUUUAAUUUUAAAAAACAUAUAUUUUUAAAAAAUUAGUCCUUUGAUAAGUUUGUUUAUAGUAUAUUGAGCUGAUGUGUGACCAGAAUUGUUUAAUUUUUCUCAGCCUUAGACCAAAAUCAAUAAACAUACGGUUAGAAUAAGUUAAAAAUAAUAGAUAAUUAAUUAAGAUUCAGAGGCAUCAGCUUACACUGGGGUGUAGGGACUGGGCUCUCUCGAGCGUUUAAGGUCCUGUCGUGAUGUCCAAACACUGAAGGUCCAUUUAAUGUGGUCUGUGCCAGUUGUGGUAUGAAGGUUAAAAAGUCAUCCCCCCCUCCUUUUUUUUCUCUCAGAGCCCUCAGAACAUACAGAUAGUUCCUUGAUGAGGUUAGAAGUUAAUUACUGACCAAGGCAGCAGGGACACACAUCACCAUGAACUUGUGAUAAACAAAUCUGACCAAGAGUGAUGGGGGACUUGGCAUUAAGUAGGAUUUUCAGUGUUGUGGUGUAAGCAGCCGGCCAGAGAAACCACGUAGGCAAAGCUUGGAGUCUCAACAUAAUAGGAUUCCAUUAACUUCAGAGAGCGACAGAUGUCCAAGCCACUGAUGGACAAGGGAACCAGAGGCAUGGCUUGAGCACAUGGUGUUGAUGUCAUGCCUUUUUUUAACUUGGGUUGAAGUAGAUGAUUUCGCAGCUGAGCUGGGGAUCAAGGUUGUUCACGGAGCUGGAGCAGAUCUGGUUCUUUUAAAAUUUCUUACUGCUCUGAGCUCCAAAAAUUAUUAAUAAAAUAAGUGUAAAAACUAAAAUGCUUUGGGCAGACAACUCACCGGUCGCCCAAGACUGAGAUGGAUCGAUGAUGUAGAGAAGGAUUUACACCAGUUGGGGGUUCCCGCAUGGAGGUGGAAAGUCGUGGAUUAUUCCGAAUGGAAGGAUGUGGUGGAGCAGGCCAGAGCCCUACAUGGGCUGUAGCACCACUAAUGUUGAUGAAAAUUCAUAAUAUUCAUGUUAUAUUUUUAAAAAAAUUAUGCCCUACCCUUCUACCUAUUAUGUUGCCGAUAUGUGCAUUUCAAAUGCACAGUUAAUAAGAUGGGUAAUUGACAAAAAUAAAGAAAUUUAAUUUCUUUAAAGCCUGGCAGCACCUCUCAAUCACCACCCUCCCUUUUUUAUUUUUUUGUGCUGGAAGUGGAGCUUGAGUUGGCAAAAAGUGUCCGCCGUGGACCUGGAAAAGGAGGUGGGGGUGGGGGGUCCAUGAAUUUGUGCCAAUGUGUGAUAGUGUCUCCAAUUUGUUUUAACCAUUUGUGUCGAUGGAGAAAUGUGGGAAUGUGGAAAUCGGCCAUUGGAAAUUUCACUCCAGAAUAACUGGUAGAAAUGAGAACCUAUUUAAAUGAUUAUAGCUAUUUCUAUAGUUGUAUAAUGACUUAUUCAGCACAUUAAAAGAUAUUCAAAUUAAUCGACAUAACAUCAUCAAAACCCUACAAUGACAAGGAAGAAUAAAAAAAAAAAAAUUCUUAUCUUUAUAGCUGAUCAUCAAACUCCAUUAUCAGCAAAAGAAAUAUUUAUGACAGCCACUGAACAUGGAGACGCAGAAACAGUUGUCAAAAUGAUAGAAAAAUUGAAUGUAUCUCCAAAUUUAACUGCUGUCAGAGAAGGAUUGGAACGUAAUGCAUUAUCGAUUGCUGCAACAUACGGACAAAUCGAUACUGUUGCUGAGCUUUUAAAGGUAGUGUAUUAAAAUUUCACUUACUGCACAAGAAUACUUCCUGCCACAAUGGUCUCAUUAGUAAUCUGCACAACCACAGCCAAGUUCAGAAUUAGCAGAUAUAUGAUGAUUUAGGUGGGCGUGGUCGAUUUCAACUGACAAACUAAAUAUAUUAAAAUAUUAUGCAGAGGUUAAAAACGCAAGUUUUAUUCAUAUUUCGAGCCUACCAUUUUAAUUUCAAAUUUUAUUCUCUAGAUAAAUGGUAAGCUUCCUAUCUCAGUGACAGAUUCAAUAUGACUUACAAGGUUGAAAGAUUUAUAUUUAUUUUUAUAUUAUAGUCUUGAUAUAUUAGGUUGUCUAUAUUGUUCUUCCUUUGCGUAAGAAGCAGGUAGCUUGGUAGUCCUAUUUGUUCCUGGAAACUUAACCCACAUCUACAUAAGACACAAGUGUUUUGAGGUCCUAUUUAUAUUGGAGGAAGUUCUGUUUUACCUUGCUAUGUGCUUUCUGAGAGCAUGCUACAACAGUGAGUCUAUCUCCCGCUUCUUGUGCGAUCCAAAAAAAGUGUUUCCCAAGAGUUCAGGGUACUGUUCAUUGAUUUAAGGGACACAUUUAGGCCAUCUUUGAAACUUUUUCUCUGCUUAUCAGCUAAAUGUUUCCCUCUGGAUUAGGUCAGUAUACGUUAGUUGUUUAGGAAGUCCAUCUGCAUUAGGUCAUUAUACAUUAGUUGUUUGGGCAAUCCAUCUGGAUUAGGUCAGUAUACAUAGUUGUUUAGGCAGUCUGCUGUCUUGUAUUUCUGCACCAUGUCCAGCCCAUUUGGCUUGCCAUUUUUGUAAGAAUAUUUGGAUGCUGAGGAAGCCAGCAUGUUGCAGGAAUUCUGUAUGCAGAGAAGAUAAGAUAUGAGGUUUGGGUAGCAGUUAAAACCCAUGCCGAUGAUUUUAGCUUUGCGGCCAUGAGAAAGCUGCUCCUAGGCGACCAUUUUGUCCCAGCUUUUGUCCCGACAGAAAGACUCCAUGUGUGGUGGGGAUGGGGGGGUGGUAACGCAGCACCAAUCCACCAGAUGGAAGCAAACCCACCCAGACCCUUAGGGAGAGUAGACUGCAAAUGCUUUAAACUCAGCAUUUUCUGGACGUAUCCCAGGUCAGAGGGGAGGUUCGCGGGAUGCCCCACUAUGUCUGGUGGUGGGGAAACCUGGCAUUUGGCCCAUGUGAUGGUGUGCUGGGGGGGGGGGGGGACAUUAAGAACUCACGCUCGACAGCCCACCUGCGCCAAGUCCUAUGUGACGUUGUUGAUCCUAAUAAAGGAAAAUGGUUUUUUAUUACAGUGUGCAUAAUCACUCUUGGCAUAUGUAUAAAAGAGAAGCCCUGACAAGUCUUUGUGUCCAGUACACUCAGUGGAAAAACCAGACUUUUUGUUUCACAAGUGCAUACAUUCCGAUAAGAACACUAUACAGUGCAAGGAUGGAAAUUAAAUUUUUUGUGUCAUUCGAACAUUAAGAAAAAGAAAGAUGGCGUUAUUUGAGAAAUUGAAAGUGUUAAUUAAACAAGUGUUUAGGUGGGUGAGAUCAACAACCUUUGGAUUUUUCAAUUAUAAAAAGAAAUUGUGUUUUCCAGAAUGCUGCAAAAGAUCGGGUAAAGGAACAAAAUCAUUAAAACUUCAUGAGUUUGUAAAGUUUUGUUAAAUUAUUGCAUGUAUAGAGAAACUUUGAUUCUCUGCUUUACAGAGCAUUGCAAACAUUCAAAAAGUGAUUCAGAUAUCCAGGAUUGGGGUAUGGGAGCAGAAUUGAGGGAGCUAAAGGCUCCUGAAUGAAAGGAGGGAAGUGCGUCCGUGGUUUUCUACAGGUUAUUUCUAGUACCAUUACAUAAAUAUUAUUACAAAGACAAACAUUUUCAAACUAGAACAGUUAAACACAAGACAUCUAAAGUAUUUAUCAAACGUAAAAAGCAGCUGUCAUAAGCCCUGGAACUUCACUCAGUUAGGUACAAUGUUGACUUUAAGAGUGAUUAUUUAGGUUAUGUAACAGUUGGUGGAUCACCCUGGUAAAUUCUGAUAGACUGGGGAACACAUGAAUUGAUGAAUUUUAAAAUUUGAGGGAAAGAAUUCACCCUGAUCCACCUAAUAUGGUGAGUCCCCCUAUGGAAAUAGACAACCAUUUCUUUAAUUUUUGAGAUUAUCAACUGAAGAAAAUUUUUGUCACACUGGUGGAUAAAACUUGUAAUUAAAUUGCGGUAGAAAAUGUUCCCUUUAGAUAUUAAGCCAAAGUUGGUGGUAUCAUCUAAAAAUUCAAUGAUUGUAAUGGUGUUGCUUGGGCUCUGGAUAUCAUUGGUGUAUCCUGUAUACGGGACAGGGGAGAGAACACAGAAAGAAGUCUGUGUAAGCUUCACAAGAGGAGAUGGGUUAGGUUUUGAAUUUUGAGAUUACAAUUUAGUUAAGCUGUCAACGUAUGAAGUUAUUGAGCCUGAUUAUAUGUACACUUUUAUAUCUUUCAUACAUCUUUCAACUAUCUUUCAAAUAUCUUUCAUAAUGUGAAAGGAAAGGCUGUAUAUGAACUUAUUUAUUGAAUCAUAUUGUUCUUUUCUUGUUUAUGUCUUAGAAUGGAGCGAAUCCUACGCUGAGAAGUGCCAGGCAGAGAACUCCACUCCACGAUGCAUGUAUUGGUGGCCAUUUUGAGUGUGCCCAACUCUUAAUGGAUGCCAUGUCAGCAUCUGACGUAAACAUCCCUGAUAAUUCUGGCCAGACGGCUGCACACAUUGCUGCAUUUCAAGGAGAGACAAAAAUUCUCAAACAACUUAUAGAAAAAGGUUUAUUUUUCUAAAAUUUUAUCAUUUAAAACUGACAUAUUUUAACACAAGAGGUAGUUAAAUAUUAAUUUAAAUUGGUAAAUGAAUUCUCUAAAAUUAUACAAUCAAAAUCAAAUUAUCACCUGCAAAAAUAAACAACAACAUAUGAUUAACAUCAAUUUAAAUUGGCUUGAUUCUUUUAAUAAUUUUCUCUUGUUUUAUCAAGACUAAAAUAAAAACUCAAUUAAUUUUUUAAAUUAAAGAGUUUUAAAUAUUCUUUACUUAAACAAUACAAAAUCGUAUGUUAGUCUUAGUCUAGUUUUGUCUAUUGAUUCAUAUGUGCAAUGAGUUGUUGUCCUAUUUGGUGCAUUACAUUUUAAGAGAAGAUCUAGAUUUUAAAAAAAUAAUAAAUUAGGAAUAAUUAAAGGAAAUAAAAACUGAAAUAAUAAAUGCGUUGGCACGGAAAAUGUAAAGAUAGUUUUCAACAUUGAAUUUUAAAUAUAUCAAUAUAUUGCAUUACACUCAUUGCAUGAUUUUAUUAAAUGAAGGUGCAGACCUAUCCAAAGCAGAUCACAAAGGGAGACAAACAGCUCAUUUGGCAGCCAGCAGGAAUCAAGUGAAUGCAUUGAGAAUAUUAUUUGAUAGUGGCAUUGAUCUAGACCAUCAGUGUUCAGCAGGAAAAACAUUGCUGCACCAUGCCGCAGAGCACGGGGGUAAGCUGAAAUGUUACACUCUUUCAGUCUGAUGAAGUCUUUAAAAUGUUAUCCAGAAAUCAAUAUGUUUUUUCUGUGUCCCACUUAUUGGGGCCAUCAAGCAGUUGGUGAAAACGGGGAUGAAAGUAGAAAUUUUGUUAAUAAUCAUCUUAAGAGCAAGCACUUCCUAUAAAAACUUAUCCAAGAACUGUUUUUCAGACAGUGCUGUCUGAAGUUUCACCCCCACCCCGCUUUCUUAUCCAGCAGCUGAUAACUGUUGAGUUUCAAAAGAUCUAUUCAAAGCAGACUAGAUUUUUAAACAUGUGUCCACACAGUUAUUAUUAGAAAAUACACUGAGACACAUAUCUACAUAGUAAUUAUCAGAGAAUACUUCUAAAAAACAUUAAUGACUGGCCAUAGUUUUAAAAAAAAUAUAUAUGUAUGAAGAGCUUAUUUCCAAAACAGGGUAUCCACCAUUUUCGAAAAAAAUGAAAAAACUUUACCUUAUUGUAGAGCAAACCAGGUUCGUGAGGACAUGUUAAAUUUACAAAAAACAUUAUAUAUAUAUAUAUAAUAUAUAUAUUAUAUAUUAUAUUUAAUUCUUGUAUAAAAAUUAUUUAAUUUUCUGAACGUGGAUUGUAAUUUUUUUGUAAAAGUUGAAUAAUCUCAAAACUUAAAAAAUGGAUUUACAGCAUUUUGAAAAUCAGCUCUUCAUAUUUAUAUAUUUUCAGGUUUAGACACAGUGAAGUUUCUUGUAGAAAGGGAUUGUGAUCUGACGUUAUGUGACCACUCAUCCAAUCUGGCAGCUCAUGUUGCAGCCAGGCAUGAUAAUUUGAACUGUCUCAAGUUUCUAGUGAAGCAAGGCACGUUCAUUGACACCCCACAGACCAAUGGAAAGGCCUGCUCUCAUAUAGUAGGUGCUGUAUUUAUAUCAGUAACAAUUUGUAAAGCUUUUCAUAAUUGUCAUACUGCUGCUCAUGGUGAUCUCUGUCUGAAUCUCACUACUCUUGAUAAAGAUAUUGAAAAUUGAAGUCCACAAGUAGAGAAAUGAUAUGAUCAUUAUAAGGGUUGAAUUAUCUUUAUAUGAUAAUACUAAACAUCAUUUUCUUUGUAAUUUUAUGGCUGUCAAUCUUUUUUUUUUUGAAUCUAAAAGCUUUAUAAGUUCUUGAAAAAAAAGGAGUGGGGGAUGGGGGGACAAGUCCAUAAAAGCUCUUGUGCAUUAUCUUAAAACUUAAACUUGCAGACCACAUUUCAACAGCUACUCAGAUGAUCAAAAUAUUAUAUAUGUAAUACAAAAUGCAAUAAUCUAAUGAAAUUAUCUUCCUAGGAGUAAUAGUAAGAUCAGUGAACAAUUUUUAUCUAAAAGACUAUGAAAUAAAUAUUCUGAAAUAAAAUUUACAUAAACACUAUUUUGCCUAUAAAUUUAAAAAAAAUUAAUAUAUUUUUUUUUUUAAAUGCAGUUUAACAUCCUGCUCAAAUGUAUCACUAUCCUCACAAAUUCAUCCUUAUGCUCACAAAUAUAUCCUUAUGCUCAUAAAUUUAUCCCUAUGCUCACAAAUUGAUCCCUAUGCUCACAAAUUUAUCCCAAUGCUCACUGGCUAUUCUUUAUUAAAUGUUCCUUAACCUGGCCUAAAUUAUUUAGGUUUGGCAUUUAAACAAAAGUUACCAAGUUGUCUUUUCUUUGUCCAAGGCUGCAAUCAAUGGGUCAGUUCAUGCCCUCCACUGGCUGCUGGAGAGUGGGGCCAAUGUUAAUCUGCCAGAUGGUGAGUAAUCAAGACUUAGCUAUGUCAUUAAAAAUGGGCUCAUAAUUGCUGUUCAUGAGAUUAUCAAAAGAGUUAUCCCAGAUAGGUUGUGUCUAGAUUCACCAACUCUAAUUCUGUGAUAGAGGAAAUGGUAAGUACUUUUAAUAACUGAAACUUUUAUUGUUCUUUACAAAAUUUGUAUUUAAUGUAAAUAAAAAAAAUCUCUUAAAUAGAUAAGACUCAUUAAAAUUGAGGAAGCAUAAUAUUUUUUUUUUAUUUUCCAUGAAACUCUUUACAAUUUAAUUUAAGAAGUGACCUUGGCCUUGAUGUAUAUGUUACCGGCAAUGUGUGAAAUGCAGGCAUUUUAUAGAAUGCCUAGGCAUUAUAUAGAAUGCCUGGCGGUUUUAGGCAAAGUAUGAAAUAUUUUAUUUUUGUGAUUAAGUUACAUACUUUGCCUAGGCAUUUUAUACAUUGCCUAGGUAUUAUAUAUAAUGACAAAUAUACUUCAGGCAAAGUUUAAAAAGAGCAUAAAGAAAUUUUUUUUAAUUGGAAAAACACAUUUGAAUACGAAAGAUAACAAUAAAACUGGAAAGCAAAGGUGUCAUCGAGCUACUUGUUGCAGCAAGUAAGGCUGGAGUGGCAUUUUGAAUUGCACUUAAUUUUCUUUUUCAAACAAAGACACUUCAUGUUUUGGCACCUGGUCUUGCACAUACACCUCACGUAGCCUUGACCGCUUCCUGUUGACUGAGAGAUAGCAGCAGAUCGGAGAGGUAUUUCAUGGGCCGGGACGUCUUCAACUCUCAAUAAAUCUUUUGGACAUACAGUGAACUGUGAUCUCGAAUACAAUUGUUUCAAGAUUCCUUGUGCAGUUCCAAGUCGGUAAAAGCCGUCUUCUGUCUCUGUCAUAACAACUGCCAACAGAUUGCGCGAGUCACACCGUCCCUUGUCAACGUCAGGAAUAGGAACUCGCACAGUGGCUCCUAAAGGUGCAGGCGGGAACUUUUUGUCAGAGUUUAUUUUCAUUUUUUUGGCCUGGAUUUCAAGGUUUCAUUUAGAUUCUUUUCUAGCCUCUAUAGCUCUCUUCAUCUUGAAACACAAGCUGCACAAAAUACCAACACUAUAACCUUCUAUUUCCUCGUCUCCAUCGUCUUUAGCAGCAUGUCCACAGAUCACAUGAACAUUACGGUGACAGUUUCGGCAUGUAUGGGCCCCGCUGCUUUCUUUUAAGCAGACACAACAAACACCAGAAGUGGAAGGCUCUUUGGUAACCAUGACGUCACAAUCAGUUUGGAUUCCUCCAUUACUGGUUGCAUUCUCUUCAGUAUUCUGUAUAGCAGGCUCUGUAUCUUGCAUCUGACGAUUUGCUUUUUCCUGCUGUGUUGUUUUUACGCUUUCUAUUAUUUUUUCGAGUUCUUCCUCAGUCUGUAUGUCUUGCAAAACGUCCAGGGGUAUGGAAGACGUUGCAAGGCCCACUUUAGCUUUGCAGCCAAACAGAGCUUCUUCUUCUUCUUCUAUAUCUUAAGGGCCCACGAUCAAUUUAUUGAUCAUUUUGGCUCCUAUGCAUGUAGAUGGGAUUUGCAAUGUUUCUGUUACUGGUGGUGAUGAGGAAAUUAUGCACUAGGGGUUUGAAGGCUUGAGGCAAUAGACACAAAUGUGUCUAGUGUUGUCGCCUCAACUGUUCCUUUUGAAAGAUGGUUCCAGUCCCUGAUUGUCUUGGGCAAGAAUGAGCAGCUCCUAUACUGGCUUCUUGCUGGUAUGAGCCUGAAUUGCCUGUCAUGGCCUCGUCGCUGUCUAUGGGGGAGAGGGACGAGUUUCUGUUUAAUACCGGAACAGUGGACCAGCCCAUUAUUUAUCUUGUACAUCAUGGAGAGCCUGGAUUGUCGUCGUCGUUUCUCCAAUGGUGACCAGCCUAGUGUUUCUAGCAUGCUGCCAACACUAGAGGUAUUCCUGUAGCGGUUUAGGACAAAGCGUGCUGCUCGUCGCUGGACCGCCUCCAACCUGUCAAUGCUCUUCUGGGUAAAUGGGUCCCAGACUGAAGAUGCAUAAUCUAAAAUCGGACGGAUAAAGGCUUUAUAUGCUCUUUCUUUCACACAGGAGUUGCCAAUCUUUAGAUUUCGCCUUAAGAACCCCAAGGCUUGGUUUGCUUGGUUACAUACAUUGUUAAUAUGCUCGUCCCAGCGGACCUCUCUUUGAAUGGUAACACCCAGGUACUUUACGGAGGAAACUUGCUCAAGAAUAUGGCCGUGCAGUUUGUAUUGGUAGUGUAGAGGAGUACAACUUCUAGAGAUUGAUAGUGUCUGGCACUUGGCAGGAUGAAAUUCCAUGUCCCAGCUCAUCUCCCACUCAGCUAACAGAUUGAGAUCCUGUUGUAGCUGGUCCUGGUCAGAUCUGGCGCUUCAUAAGGCGUUCUCUUGAUCCCAGAAUGAAAGGCCCUGUUCUCCAUAAGUUGGAUGAAUCGUAAUCCUUCAGCCCAGUAGUCAGUUUUUUCAUCUUGCAUCGAAGCACAUAGCAUGUUUUCGAUGUCUUGAUUAGCUCUUUCGAUACUGCCCUGGCUUUGUGAGUGGCGCGGUUUACCAUGGACGAUCUUCAACUUGGGCCAGUAAUCCUUUAGGCUGUUAACCACAUUGUUGGUAUAUUCCCGGCCAUUAUCGGACUGUAGAAUUGUUGGAGCGCCAAGCAACGUAAAUAUUUCCACUAAUAUGUAGGCUACCUCUUCCGCCCUCUUGGAUGUUAAAGCCCUCAGAACCACAAACUUUGUGAGAUGAUCUUGGUACACCAUUAUAAAUUUAUAUUCCCGGUCAGGAUGGGAUUGAAAAUCGAUAAGAUCGACCUGACCACGGGAGUUGAAUUCAGAAAAAAUCAUAGGCUUCACCACAACACCCUUUGUGACACAUUUUUGUUUCUUCUGGCACGGCUCACAAAGGUGGAGGUAAAGUUCAAUAUCAUUACAUGUAAUGUUCUUAUACUUGUGUGAAAGUUCUUUUAACAUUCUGUCCCUUCCUCCAUGUCCCACUGCCAAAUGAGCCUCGUGAAGUACGCCAAAUAAUUCAGAAUCCGUGACAUAGAACUGAAUAGCGCUGUCGCCUUCUUUAACAGGAUAGAUCAACUUACUUUUGUUCGCUACCGCCAUUACAUCAUAGCGUUUCAGGAGCCAAUAGUCUCGUGGUUUCUUCUGAUUUGUCAUCCGAGACAUUUUCACAUCAUCAACUAAUUUUUGGUAACUAGUUUCCGUUAGAGAAACGCAGUUUUUAGCAGUAUUGGCUCGCAAUUGAGAAAGUUCAUCGUAGAACCGCCGUUGCAUGCAAACAUACCGUGAUUCCUGAUCUGAAGCUACAAUCUGAUACUCCAACAUCUCGGCAGCCAUCUUGAAACAAUAGGGGUAGCGUCUUUGGCGGGAGUACGAAGCACGCGUGUCGCGAUCGCCACGGCACCACCAAGCAAAGAAUCAAACAUGAAUGGCGGGGUAUUCUAUACAUUGCAGGGUCGCUAUUAGGCAUUAUAUAGAAUGCCUAGGAAAUGUGUGAAAUAAAAACCAUUUCAUACUUUGCCUACAAUUUUCAGGCAUUCUAUAGAAUACCUAGGCAUUCUAUAAAAUGCCGGAUUUCACACAUUGCCGGUAACAUAUAUAACAACGGACAUACUAAAAAGUAAAUGGUAUAAUAAUAGAUUGAAAAUCACUUGGCUUCCAUUAGAAUUCAAACAGGUGUCAAAUCUGAAAUCAGAGAAUGUCUUUGUGAAGUCAGUAAUGAUGUAAAAAUGCCAAGGAAGGCCGUAUCCACAUUCUUUUUCAUCUAUCUUUUCUAACAUUACUAAAUGGCCCCUAUCUUGGUAAUUUCAUGGAGAUAAAGAAAAUGUCAUAGAGUAAGGGGAAGUGUUUACAUGGAGAUAAAGUAAAUGUAAUAAAGUAAGGGGAAGUGUUUACAUGGAGAUAAAGUAAAUGUAAUAAAGUAAGGGGAAGUGUUUACAUGGAGAUAAAGUAAAUGUAAUAAAGUAAGGGGCAGUGUUUACAUGGAGAUAAAGUAAAUGUAAUAAAGUAAGGGAAAGUUUUUGCUCUUCUAAGAACUUUAAACGUAUGAACCUUAAAAGAAUUUCAUAUAAAGAUAUUACUUAUGAGUGCCUCCAUUUUUCAUCUAACAUUUUGGGGGUGUUGGGUAAGUGUUCAGAAUCUCAACUCAAUAGAGAAAAACAAUGGCCUCAGGUUUGACAGGAUGAGGUUUUUUAUUGAAGUCGUGACUUGAGUCUCUGUUUGCAGGUGAUGGCAAUACCCCGGCCCACCAUGCUGCGCUUGGCGGGAGAGCUGACUGCUUCAACUGUUGCAUGCAUCAUCACGCCAACCUGGACGCAGCCAAUGGCAAAGGGGACACACCGAUGGAUGCAGCAAAAAAAUCUGGCCAUCCUUUGCUGAUGCACAAAGCUGGUAAAAAGCCUUUUCCUCUUAGAUUUAAAAAUGUUUUACUUGAAUAGCACACAAUAUUUACAGAUUUGCUAACUUAUAAGGAAUAUAAAUUUCUAAAUUUUUAUGAUUAGAAGCUCACCCUAAGACUAACGCUAAGAUUAAGACUAGCACUGACCCUAAGAGUAACCCUAACACCAGCCCUAAAACUGACCCUAAGAGUAACCCUAACACCAGCCCUAAAACUAACCCUAAGACUAAAGCUAAGAUUAAGCCUAGCACUGACCCUAAGAGUAACCCUAACACCAGCCCUAAAACUAACCUUAAGACUAACGCUAAGAUUAAGACUAGCACUGACCCUAAGAGUAACCCUAACACUAGCCCUAAAACUAACCCUAAGACCAAGGCUAAGAUUAAGACUAGCACUGACCCUAAGAGUAAUCCGAAAACUAGCCCUAAAACUGACCCUAAGACUAACACUAAGAUUAAGACUAGCACUGACCCUAAGAGUAACCCUAACACCAGCCCUAAAACUAACCCUAAGACUUACGCUAAGAUUAAGACUAGCAGUGACCCUAAGAGUAACCCUAACAUCAGCCCUAAAACUAACCCUUAGACUAAUGCUAACAUUAAGACUAGCACUGACCCUAAGAGUAACCCUAACACCAGCCCUAAACUGACCCUAAGAGUAACCUUAACACCAGCCCUAAAACUAACCCUAAGACCAAGGCUAAGAUUAAGACUAGCACUGACCCUAAGAGUAACCCUAACUCUAGCCCUAAAACUGACCCUAACACUAACAUUAAGAUUUAGACUAGCACUGACCCUAAGAGUAACCCUAACACCAGCCCUAAAACUAACCCUAAGACUAACGCUAAGAUUAAGACUAGCACUGACCCUAAGAGUAACCCUAACACCAGCCCUAAAACUAACCCUAAGACUUACGCUAAGAUUAAGACUAGCAGUGACCCUAAGAGUAACCCUAACAUCAGCCCUAAAACUAACCCUUAGACUAAUGCUAACAUUAAGACUAGCACUGACCCUAAGAGUAACCCUAACACCAGCCCUAAAACUAACCCUAAGACUAACCAUAACACUAACCAUAACCCUUACAAGCAGAACAGUUUCACACAGCUGCCCUUUCAUUCUUGACACCAAAAAGAUGUCAUGUAAAAAAUCUAAAGAAAUUUUUAAAAGCAGAAGCCUGAAGAUCUUAAUUUGUUACUAUUUUUUAAAAGUGGAUGUAAAAUACUGGAUAAUGGAAAUUAUAUAAAAAGUCAGAAGUUAUAAUAUGUUAAACAUUAUUGUGUAUUUCAUGGUUGAUUCCUGCCCCCCCCUCCCCCACAAAAUCCCUUGUCCUUUUUCUCUUUGAUGCCAUUUUGUUUCUUCACCCCCCCCCCUCCCCUACUGAUUAAUUGAAAUAAAUGUUUUGUCUGUUUAGCAACCAAUGAAGUUAUGUGUCCAGAGUGCUGCAUCAAGUUGGAGAAAGAAGACUACGAUUAUAAGCACCCCCUGGCCCCCGUCGUAAGGUCGAUGAGUGCAGCCAAGCAGAGGGCAUUCCGUUCACCCAUGACACCAAAAAAGUCAGUAAAGAACACAUUUUAUUUUGUUAGAUUCAACAUAGAAACCAGAGCUGGUAAAGAAAAAAUAUAACAAGAAUCAACAUCUUUUUUAUAGGUUUGUCUUUUUUAUUUUGGAUGUACAGUGCAGUGCUAUGUAAAUAAGCACUGGUUGAAUCCUAUGGUGGGAAAAUCUUUGCUACUUGAUUCCAUUACACCAAAGUGUCACUCUGAUGCUGUUUAUCUGGGCUUUGAGAUAAACAUUGGGAACUGGUUUUUACUCAGAAGCAAAACAACAUGAUCUGCAGGUCUCUUACUGAAAAUAUCUCAAAAAGGAGAAAAAAAGACCAAAUUAUAUAAAAGUUAAUUUUGAAAUGUUGAAAUAAAAUUAGAUAUAGAAAUACAAAAAGGAAAGGAAAAAAAUUGCAUCAACCGCUCUCAUUGGAUGUUUACAUUAUGUCAGCUCUACUCAGUGCUUGUGUCAAGCGCUAUAAUUGGUUCAUUGGUUGUUUACAUAUUUUAGGCUCCCGAGAAGCUUCUAAAAUGUUUAGAGCAAUUUUUAAGUUAAGAUAAGUUAAGAUACUUUUAUUGAUCCAAAAUAUUGGAAAUUGUUUUUUUACAUUCAUUUUUUUAAGGCUUAAAACAUCCUUGUUUUAGGGUGGGUCAUUAUUGCAUAAAAUUACUCUGUAGCAAGACUUUCACAGAAUCAUUGUGCAGUAUGAAUAUCUGUUGAGUUCUUGAGUGCAAGUUGUAAUUUUGAACAGAGUCGUGGCUUUUUCUUUGAAUGGAUUUCUUGUUGGUUUUUUUUUUCCAAAUCAUGGACACUCUUUAAGUCUGUAGCCAUUCAUGGACACUCUUUAAGUCUGUAGCCAAUCAUGGACACUCUUUAAGUCUGUAGCCAAUCAUGGACACUCUUUAAGUCUGUAGCCAAUCAUGGACACUCUUUAAGUCUGUAGCCAAUCAUGGACACUCUUUAAGUCUGUAGCCAAUCAUGGACACUCUUUAAGUCUGUAGCCAAUCAUGGACACUCUUUAAGUCUGUAGCCAAUCAUGGACACUCUUUAAGUCUGUAGCCAAUCAUGGACACUCUUUAAGUCUGUAGCCAAUCAUGGACACUCUUUAAGUCUGUAGCCAAUCAUGGACACUCUUUAAGUCUGUAGCCAAUCAUGGACACUCUUUAAGUCUGUAGCCAAUCAUGGACACUCUUUAAGUCUGUAGCCAAUUUGUCUUUGUAUGGUUGUCAUAUGCCAGAAAAGAUAAAUUGAAAUGAUACAAAAAUGAAUGGUAUAAUGCAUGAUCAGUGAAAAUUCUUUCAACUAUUUGGCACAGCCCCAAUUUUCACUAUUUGCGAAAAACUGUAUUUCUUUUUUCUUUUUAAUGUAUUUUAAUUUUUUUAUUAAAUUAAUGUAAUAAUAAUAACACCAAACAAAAAAAAUUUAAAAUAUUCAUCCACUUUCUUGCAGGAGGCCGCAAUCACAAAAACGAAUGGUCAAAUCUGAUUGGAGGAUCUCACAAGUUCCUAGAAACGAUGAGAAAACAUUCCUCACUCAAAGAGAUAUCCCAGCAAAAUACUUUGGGGAGUACCUAGACCCCAACAGUACCUUCAAAUUGAAGCUGAAAUGAAUCAGAUUAUGCCUUUAAGGGCUAUGAUAAAAUAUUCUGUGAUAUGCUAAUCAACAUUCUGUCAUAGACCUUUUCAGUGACAUGAUAAUUUGUUCCAUCACAGACCUUUUAGUUCAGCCUCCUCCUAAUUGCCAAACAUUCCAUGCUAUUUUAUUGUGAUACCCUAAAUAGGCCUACAUAACAAUGAUAGACAGCAUGUAGUUCCUGGGAUGGAUUCAACUCCUAAAUAAGAGCUCAUCAAAAUAAUUCAAACAACCAAAGCAGAAUUUACAAGUGGUAAAAGCUAAAACUAACAACAAUCCAUGCAGACAUCAGCCUUGUGAUCCACACAGACAUCAGCCUUGUGAUCCACACAGACAUCAGCCUUGUGAUCCACACACACAGACAGAUGUCUGCUCCACAAAGACUCUGCCGUCUGAUCCACACAGACUCGGCCAUCUGGUCCACACAGACUCGGCCAUCUGAAUAACCAUUCAAAAUAAUUGAGAAACCAUUGCUUGAAGUUGCAGACUUAAACAAGGGCCCACAAUCCCUGAAAAUAUUGGUGCCAUCAAGCUCAUUGCUUUGCUUUUCUUUGUUCAGUUUUUUAGAAGAAGAAAUAAUGAAUACAGUACAUGCCCACUUAAAAGUACAAGUAAAUUUAUCAAGUUUUUUUUUUUUUCUUUUAAAUGUCUUUAUUUAUGUACAGUGUGGAUGAAAUAAAAUAUUUUAAACAGAGAUUUUGUUUUGUAAUUUGAAAAUAAAUUGCUAUGCACUUUAAAAA